AAGGGGCGCGCGGUGCUGACGUGUCGGUGCGGGCGCGGGGCGGCGGGGGGAUGCGGGCGCUGAUCCUGGUGGGCGGCUUCGGGACGCGGCUGCGGCCGCUGACCCUGAGCCGGCCGAAGCCGCUGGUGGAGUUCUGCAACAAGGCGCUGCUGCUGCACCAGCUGGAGGCCCUCCGGCAGGCCGGCGUCAGCCACGUGGUGCUGGCGGUCAGCUACAUGUCGGAGGCGCUGGAGGCCGCCAUGCGGGAGCAGGAGCAGCGGCUCGGCAUCCGCAUCUCCCUGUCCCACGAGAAGGAGCCGCUGGGCACGGCGGGGCCGCUGGCGCUGGCGCGGGACCUGCUGGCCGAGGGCGGGGAGCCCUUCUUUGUCCUCAACAGCGACGUGAUCUGCGAGUUCCCCUUCGCGGCGCUGGCCCGUUUCCACCGGCAGCACGGUGGCGAGGGCUCACUGGUGGUCACCCGCGUGGAAGAGCCAGCCAAGUACGGCGUGGUGGUGAGCGAGGCCGACACCGGCCGCAUCUGUCGCUUCGUGGAGAAGCCGCGCGUCUUUGUGUCGAACAAGAUCAACGCCGGGCUCUACAUCUUCAGCCCCGGCAUCCUGCAACGCAUCCAGCUGCGCCCCACCUCCAUCGAGAAGGAAAUCUUCCCAGCCAUGGCGCAGGAGGGACAGCUCUACGCCAUGGAGCUGCAGGGCGCUGCGGGCUCAGCACCCCGAGAAGCUGCACUCGGGGCCCGGUGUUGUAGGGAACGUGAUGGUGGACCCCAGUGCCAAGAUUGGGGCAAACUGCGUCAUCGGGCCCAACGUGACGAUCGGAGCCGGCGUGGUGGUGGAGGACGGGGUGCGCAUCAAACGCUGCACCGUGCUGAAGGGGGCCCGCAUCCGCUCCCACUCCUGGCUGGAGUCCUGCAUCGUGGGCUGGAGCUGCUCCGUGGGGCAGUGGGUGCGCAUGGAGAACGUGACAGUGCUGGGCGAGGACGUCAUUGUCAACGACGAGCUCUACCUCAACGGGGCCAACGUGCUGCCGCACAAGUCCAUCACCGAGUCCGUGCCAGAGCCGCGUAUCAUCAUGUAGCAGCCCCUGGUGGGCCCUGCACUCCUGGCUCUGCUUGGAUUAAAUAUUUAUAUUUCCCUCUACCACUGAGCAUCAUCUGAACACAGCCGGAGCACUGGGUUGCUCGCCAGGACCGGCCUGGCUUCCCCUCCCCGUGUCUCAGG